CGAGCCGCUAAGGUAUACAUUGACACGGCCGAGGAAAAAGGCCGCAUCUUUUCUGUCAUUCGCCCACCAUCCGCCCCCGACAGGUACACACACGCAGAAGGCCUAGUGUGUAGGGCACCGAACGGACAAACUCUCGUCUCGUAGACAGACCACAGGAACCUUUCACACAUCCUUCCGCCCGCCCCAAAGCAACAAGGAAACUGACACGUCACUGGUUGUCGAAGUUCAUUCUCCUGGUGUGUCCGAGCCACACACACACACAAAAACACAAAUGCGAGUUGGGUGAUGGAUGAGUGCGUGUGUUGAGGACUGCUCACUUUGGUCCGCCCUCGAACCGGCUCAUCUCUUCAUCAGCCACGUAACACUGCAGGAUGGUGUCGGCAGCAAGGCCCCAGCAGUGCAACAGCAACGUACUCACCAGCCAGCUCAGGAUGACCACCUGAAUGAUCGAUCAACCACACACACCAUCAACACACAUGCACGGCCGUGUUGGUGCGCUCGCUGACCACGAUGAGUGGCGCCUCCGUAGACGAGAGGUUUUCCCUGUAGUAUGGGAUGUGUUGCAGCGCCAGCAGUGCGAGGAAGCUGUUGGCGAGCACGAUGGCCACCUGACCGAUGAUCUCAAACACGAUACCCAGCUCGCCCACCAGGGCAAACUUUAAGGGGUUCCUGACGAUAAACAUAUAUACACCUAUUGGCCCGGCAUCUCUCUGUGUGAGCUGUCUUGUGUUGUGUUGUGUUGUGUUGACGUACCUCAGCAUGAGUGUGAAUGCGGUCCAUGCGGAUGGUAUGAGGCCCUGGCCAGUCAAUCCCACCUGGAUGUAGGCGAGCUUGCUCAUGUACUUGAUGCCCUCGUACACCCAACUCAGGCCGUUGCCUAUCCUCAGGAAGAACCUGACAGCGCACAGCACAAAGGGGUUGCUGGCAUUGACACACCGACAGAUGGUCUGCCUGCGCACCGCUGAAAGGCAUUGUGUCUGUCCUGGAUGUCUGUAUGCCGAUACCACCGAACCAGAAACCGCAACACCUGCACACACGCAUCGGCAAUCGACACAGUGCUCGAAUCCAGGGACCAUGGCGUCCACAGGCUCCCUCACCCGCAAUGGCGCGAGGAUGAGUCCGCCGAGGGCAGCGGUGCCGAGGUGUGAUUUGAGUGUGGUGAAGAGGCCGUCCAGCGUGGCGCCCUUGACGUAUCGCCGCCCGCCGGUGGUCAGCGGGGCGAAGUACCAGCUGCCAACAAUGUGUGCGACGGCGAUCUGCGAGAUGCCUGUGAUGAACCCCCCUGUCCAUGCGAACAUCAGAAUCUCAAACACCAGAGCCCACUGACGACACACAGACCAUACACAUCACAUGGAUGCAGCGGUGGUGUCAGUGCCUCCGUGUGAGAUUUCAUGCCUACCGGUAUGUCGGCUGUCCAGUGCAGUCUGUGGUAGGGGUCUUUCCUGCCUUCCGCAGAGCCGUUCCACCCCAACUUGGGAAUGUCACCUGAUCAUUGACCACAUCAGACAGACACGUGAUAGAUAGGUCGAGUGCAGGUCUGUCAGGGCGGGCGGGAGAAUGAAUGCACCUACCGGUGGAUAUCUGAUACACGAGCGUUGAGGCCAUGAAGACAAAGAAAGCGAACGCCACAGAGAAGGUCGCCAGCGAAAUGCCCAGCACCGACGGACAGUCCUGAACAAUAAGGCACAGAACAGACAGAGGGUAUCUUGCUUCCGAUGUAUCUAUCUGCCGUGUGUGUGGCUCGGCUCACAUCGAGGAAGUUCGACGCAGCAGAGAGGAUCCGCGCGGCCAGCACCAAUCGCCUGAAACAACCACACGCACACAUGCACACGAGACGAGAGACGGACAAGGUUCUUUUUUUUCUCGGCUCUGACCUCCUGAUGCAGCAGAUGAUGAUAGGCAGUAUCCCGGCGCCGCACCAGAGCAGUAUGGCGAGUAUCAUGUCCCCCUGCUGCUUAGCCGCGUGGUAGCCUGGCGUGGCCGCGGGAGUGAUGGCCUGGUGGUAUUCAUACCAUCCAAAACCGAGGAGCAGGAUCUCGAUGAGGAAGAAGGACGCCCACACCAUGGCACUCGCCAGCUUCUGCACCAGGAACAGAUAGACGUAACCCAACGCCAGCGCGCCGAAGGGGGACGCCAGCAACAGCUGCACGCACGAAGAAGACGACAGACGCCGCGAGAAGAAUCAACACAUGCAGCGUGUGUGGUUUCCCGUGUUAUGCAUCGAUCGUACCACCCAUGCCUUGCAAAUGUCCCCAAACCAGAUGAGCCACGCCGACAUCAGCUCGUGAGAGAACUCCGUGUCAGUGUCGCCGCCCCCCUUCCCCUCAGCGCGCGAGUCGUAAAAGCAGUACCGCCCAAUGAACUCCACCGUACCCAUCUGGCCGUACCACGUGCAGAGCUCUUUGCUCUCCGCAUCAGGUGGGCACUGGCCCUCCUCCCUCUUGAGUGAGAAGUUGUGUGGACAGCUCUUGGUGCAGACGGGAAGCACCUGGCUCGCGCCGAGUUCCUUUGACGAGGGGAGACGGAUGGGGUUCUUGGCGGGCCAGUAGACGAGAGGGAAGUCCUUGACGUCGGCAUCGGAGCCGCAUAUCCUGCCGUUGUAGUCAAUGCCGCGGGUGAGGCGGAAGGGGUUGCCCUUGGUGAAGGCGUGGGAAGCCACAGCGAUGAGCCCGCCCCACGCAAGGACGAAGAGGAUCAGCACAACGAUGUCCGUGCACCCUGAUCUGCACACACACAGCGCCACACGUUUCAUGGGGGAUCCAUCCAUCCAUCCCCGGGCCCAUCAGUGUACCUACCUGUAGAGCGGUCCUUCAGCGAUGUCCAUCCUGCCGCCCUUGGUGAAUGGCUCCCCCAGGUGUGCCUGCCCCUCCAGCUCCACAUACCGCUCCCUGUCGCCCUCUAGGGCGCCGAUCGAUAGCCGCAUGUCCCUCACACUCCGCCCUCCAGGGCCGUCACCUCGACCAGCCGCCAGCAGCUGCACACGACUCGAGUCGCCCGCUCCUGCUGCUGCACUGCCGCUGCCGGCGUUCCAGCCAUAUGGUCUGUCUUGUGGAGGCCCUGGUUCGCGCGUGUAGCGGAGAGGGGCACCUGCAGUUUCGUCAGCCAGGGGGGAUGACAUGAGCUGUGUGGCCGUGUUGUGUGUGUGGUUUGUGCUGGAGUAACUGCGAUGGUGCUUCCGUAUGUCUGUGUGCUGUCUUGGAAAGGGUUGCUGCUGCUGUCUUGCCCGUUGGCUUCGCCGCCCAUCGGCCGGUAGGGCACCUGAACACACGAAGACGACUGAAUGCACGAUGGUGCGACAGAUCUCUGCACCUUCUAGCUCACCUGCGACUCGCCAUUCUCAUCAGCCCUACAACACAAAUGCAGCACAGGCACAGGUCAUGGGUGCAUCGUGCUCGUCCGCGUUGGUGCUCCUCUCUCAGUCAGUGAGUCAAUAUCACCCACCUGUCGCCGAAUGGGUUGGUCGUUUCAUCGUAUGUCCGCUCCAGGUCUUUUGGGAACAACGACAUGGUUUGAUCGCCCUAGAUCUUUUCUGCCUGAUUGUUU